UGCAACCUCGUUCCACCCAAAGCCCUGGGGACGAGGUUGGGGUGAGGGUUACUGGGAGACUUGAAGACCUUCGGACGCAAACUCACCUUAACUCCAGCCGCCCAGCGACAGGCCACAGACUUCGAUUACAUCUGCCGGUGUCAGCACCACAAGAGCCCAAGUUUUGUUAAAUGUAGUUCCUGUAACCAUUACUGCAGAGAACGGUGGUUCCCUUUCUACAUAUGCAUUUCUUGACAAUGGCUGUACGAUACCCUCAUUGACAAAGAGCUUGCUGAUCAUCUUGACCUGAAAGGGAUCUCGGAGCAAAUCGGAUUAAGACUAUUACGAACAGCGAGGAGCUGGUGGAGAGUCGACGCGUUUCCUUUACUCUCAGUCCUGUAGAAGCAUACGGUGAAGACAUUGAUGUUAAUGAAGCUUACGUUCUCCUGACCUGAAUCAAUCAGAACGAAUUUUGCCGGGGACAGUAGAUGUCCAUAAGUAUCCGCACCUUCAAGACCUUACAUUCCCAGUGGUGGACUUUGAACGAGUCUCGAUCAUUGUGGGGAGUAACGUCCCUGUUGCACACUUGCAGAAGGAAGUCAGAAUCCCGAAAGACAACAAGAGCAGGCCUCUACGGUUAUCGGUACCCUCUCGGUUGGAGCAUUUCAGGUCCAUUGACUAUCGCUGGGACAAAAAGAGCUGAGCUCAAUUUCAUCUCUGUUGGACACAAACCUGACGACUUUGUUGAAAGGUUUUGGAAGAUCGAAGACUAUGGAACAUUGAAAAGCAGGAGAGAAGCCCUUAUCUGUGGAAGACAAACGAGCCCUAAAAAUCAUUGAAGAAACUACUACCCUUGUAGACGGGCAUUAUGAAGUUGGCCUACUAUGGAAGGAAGAAGAUCAGCCAAAGCUGCCAAACAAUCGCAUUUUAGCUGAAAGACGAGCAGAAUUGCUUAGACGACGCCUGACCAAAGCAGGAAAUGAGCAAAUGGCUGCUAAGUACCGUGGAGUCAUGACUGAGUACAUCUCGAAGGGCUAUGCACGCAAAUUGUCCCCUGAAGAAGCAGCUAGAAAAGCUCGAUAACUUGGUACUUACCUCAUCAUCCAGUGACUAAUCCCAACAAACCUUGCAAAGACCGCAGCCUACGAUCAAGAGACGCUAAAGACCAGGGCGAAGUCAGGGGAUCCAGUAAGAUCGCUAGUUUGAACCCAAUCAAGACGACCAUGGUGUUUUGAGAGUCAAGGACGUAUAGCAACCACCAGCUGCUGCAACCGCCUCAUCCAGCGACAGUCCUUGGUCCGCCACACCCAUGCAUCAAUUGGUCACCUGGGGCGUUCAUCGAUAUCCCACAAAUAAGACGAAUGCCAAACCGAUGACUCAGCAAAUGGCUCCCCUGCCAAGAAGCCGGAUGAUGGCGUACGAACCCCCAUUCUCCUACACAGGAAUGGAUCUAUUCGGUCCUUUAUACGUCAAGCAUGGAAGAGGAACAGCCAAACGGUGGUGCUGCUUAUUUACCUGCCUGACGACACGUAGUGUACAUCUUGAAUUGGUUCACUCGAUGGACACAAAACGACUUCAUAAUGUGUCUGCGACGAUUUAUAAACCGUCCUCGUCCCACCUACUGGAGAACAAAGCCCUGGGGACGAGGUUGGGGUCAUUUUGAGUUCAGUUUUCACUGGGAGACUUGAAGACCUUCAGACGCAAACUCGCCUUAACUCGCAACCGCCUUGAUUUCUAAGGCUUUUCGAUACGAAGAUAAGGUAAGGAAUCAAUGACUUACACUCACAUUGGUUUCUUUUGACACUGUAUUUCCGAUACGCUGCCCACGGUUCAGUUUUUAGUGCGAUUAUUGCUUAGUAUAGAACAAGCUGACUAAGCAUAUCUACCAUAAGCGACGAAACACGGCAGAAAAAAUCAAUUUAAUCAAUUUAAUCAAGAACAAAAAGACCAGGGCUCCUUCAGGUUUUUGGCGACCAACGGGAAAAUUAUAUUCGCCAGAUGCAAAUUUGGAGGUAAACUGGCUUUGUUUAUGCGAUUUGGCACGUUUUUUAUGAUGAAAGCAAAGCAAGAUAAGAUGAAAUGUUUGUUUUAAUUAUUUUACUCUUCUAAAAUCUGGUCGCCACUUUGGCGACCAAAAGGAGAAAAUGUUAGUCGCAUUGGCGACCGUAUCAGUCGCAAUUUCGAGCCCUGAGAGAGAAGGUGAGAAAUCAGUGAUUAAUCAACUCAAGGAUUGACCUCAUGGCUCAAUAUCAAACACUUCAAACCCACGCGUGCUCACACAAGCAUCAUAUCACUGACAUGAUACUAGCAACCAAUCAGUUUUUAUCCCAGGGUCAAGGUUCUGUUUAUCUAAAUCGUCUAAUUACCCUUUGGUAGAGUGUUCUCUGCAACAACGCUAAAUAUUUGAAGUUUUAUUGUCGGAAAGUUGAGAAAUGGCAAACUUUAUUGGGCGAUUAUCUGGGAGAUUUCAUACUCUUAUCUGGAAACUGCGAGAUGCGGUCCAAAAUCUAGAGUCUCCUAGGCCGAGUUGCUCAAAGCUGGGUUAAGAUAACCCAGGGUUAGUGCGAGAUUUGAAUUCAGGUUUGAAAGCUUAAAAGGCAUUUCAGUUUUAGUUCUUUUUGUCUACCAGUUGGUGAUUGGAAGCUCUAAAAAUAGCACAGAAAAUUAUCCGAGAAAAUGCAUUUGAACACAAGAAAAAGAAACCCAGGUUAAAUUUAACCCCGGGUUAAGCGCUAAUCUGCCUUCGAACAACUGGGCCCAGGAUGUUAUCCGGGAGAGUUGACAGGGCUGUCAACCCCCUACGUCAUGAAAUAUUGAGAAUUGAUCUAAAGGUAAGAAAUGAUAGAUGACAUCAUGAUGUCAUUUUUGCCAAAAAUGCUCGUUGAUUCCGGUCGAUGGGUAGCACAUAAACAGUUCAUAUUCAGCCACAUUAUUUCUUAAAUUACAGUGGCAUGCCAGAAUUAAUGAGACAACAAACUCAAAAUAUUUGAAAUUUUAUGGUCGGAAAGUCAAGUCUAUAGGAAAUAGCAAUUUUGGCAAUUAUCCGGGAGAUAUCAGACUCUAAUCUGGAGACCGGGAGAUAUGGUCCAAAAUCUGGAGUCUCCCAGAUUAUCCUGGAGAGUUGACAGCACCGAGUUGACCGCACUGUACAUGUAUUGCUUACCCUUCCAUCCAGGGGUAGGGAGGGGGGGUGCAAUCCCUAAAGGAAAUAGACUGUGUGUGGCUCAGGCUUUAUUUGACCCCUAAAGGAGACUAAAAUACUCCUACAAAGUUUUAUGGCAUUUCAUGUGGAUAUUUUUCUAUACACAACCAUGGCCAAUAAUAUUGCCAUUCCAUCCUGAGUUACACCUUAAUUUGGUGAGACCAAAACUUAUAAUUCAUUCUACCCCUAAUGACGAGUAUUCCCACCACUUAUACAGGAGCAAACCUGGGCUGUUCUAGCACCUAGCUGAUGUAGAACAGAAUGCAGUUUGCAGGUUUCUUAUGCCAAGAGGGGGUAUAUUUUCUAGAAUGCUGAAUGGCUGCCGAAUGGCCUCCAAAUGACUCUGAAGUUUAGUGACAAGGGUUAAGAAAUUGAGUGAAUCAAGUAUCAGGUCAGUUUGCCCAUUUUAAUGACCAUAAAUGGAACCUAAUUCACUCAAAUUCCUAUAACCCCAGUCACUAAACUUCAGAGUCAUUCAGCAUUCGGUGUUUUAUGCAAAAUGCCCUAGCUGUUCCCAUGUCGUUGGUGACUGUUCCAAUGGUGAAUGGUGAAUUAUGCGUGUGCUUUUAGCCAAUCAGAAUUGGGGAAAUAUCUUAAAUGAAUAACAACCAUUAUUUUUGUUCUGACUAUUGAAUGUUAUUGUUUGUUAAAAAUUUCUAUCAAUUAAUUUGUACUGCAGUGAUGAAGGUACAAGUCCAAACUUCUGUUCUCUUCAUCCUGUUUAUUUCUGCAUGGGUGGACUGUACAGGUGUACCGUCCUGUGCCACCAUGAGAACCUGGUUUCCAGAAACUAAUCCGAUUGCCUUGGCGGAUAACCUACCAUAUGACUUAAGUGUCAGUGGAAGAUAUCCUGGGCAAUCAGUACCUGCUUAUAUCCCUAACAGUACUCAUACAGGUAGGUUUUAAUGUUAGAUCUAACAAGGUAACCAUUUUAAACAUAAUUGACCUAGGACACUGGGAUUGGGGUUCAGGACCUGCAUGUUUGUGAUGGCUGAUAGAUCAUAUAAAUCAAAAUUUUCUUCCUAAUUUGGAAUCACUGAUACUGUCUCACUAGUGUUUGUAUUACAAUGCAAACAAAGUGCUACAAAGAGCAAUGAUUAUACAGUUUUACAAAGUAAAAUUCGGCUAAAAUCGGAAUACGAAAUCAUGGCUUGGAUUGACUUUAAUUCCUGACAAGACAAAUUAAGGCAAAUUAUCAUGAUAAGUGUCUUAUGGACCUGGCUGAACUAGGUGACAAAAGCUAGCACAUGCUCAAAAGAGUUACUGAUACGUCACCAAAAUACAUUGACCGAGGAGGCCUGGGAAGACACUGUAUAGGGAGUAGACAACUUAUGUGUGACAGAGUGUGAACACUAGCAAGGGAGGUAGGGAAAGUAACCCCUUAUUUCACUAAAUACAGCCCACUUAAUCAUGUCAUGUGUGCAUGGACACCCUGUUAAUGUAGGCACUUUCUUUGUCCCCCUCGAUCAGUGUCUGUUAUAAAUUGGGUUGGACUGCACAUGUUUACUAUUUGCUGUCCCUUAAGCUUUGUGAAUAAUCUCAUAGACUUAAACAGCAAAUAUGAUUUUGUUUCAGUUUAUCUCAAUGGAUCUUAUUUGGCAAAUGAGAUGAGAAUGAGAAACUUUCUUGGAUUUAUUAUUUCUGCUGAAAACUCUGUGAAAGCAUACCCCAAUGGCUAUUUUGAGAAUUUGCCUGCAGGAGUUGAACAGAUUAACUGCAGUACUCUUAAAGUAAGUACUAGAGAUUAGAGCAAUCAAAUGAUAUUCUCUUUCAUGUGGCUCAGAAAGCAUAAACGCAGUAAUUCGACACUAUAUUAAACACCUAAUGAAGACCUGCAGUACACUAUUGAAACAUAGUCAAACAAUAAAAAACCCUUUAUACACUUUAACCAUUAUGAACAAUAUCUUUCAUGACAUAGAAAAAAUUACUUCUACUUCCACAUGCAAGGUUUAAAUUUUACAAGUUAUAUAAAUUCUACCGUUGGUUGCAUCUAAGCAUGUACACAUGAGGAAAAAUGUUCUAAUGAUUGGGUGCAAACAUGACAUGUUUUGCCGCCAAACAUUCGAAGUUUGGAGUGGCUGCUGUUGUCGACUUGAUUUGUUUUUGCUCAACAAAAUAUUCUUUGAAAGAAUUUUUCAAUGGACUUUAAGAGUAAUUUCUGGAGGCAAGUGUGCUGACAGUUUCUGAGCAAGAAAUAUGCCUGAAAGUUGAGGAAAAUGAAAAUAUGAGCGUAUAACAUGCUAAUCAAAAACAUAAAACAACUUACCUUUGGUGCGACAGUUUGCUAACUGUUGUCAAACUUUGAAUGUAUGGCAGCAAAACAGACCAUGUCUGGCGCGCUUAAUUAAACAUGUUUUUUUGGUAUUUCAAUUGAGAAAUACCAACAUUAUUUUUUAUUUCAAACAUUAAUCAAUGUCAUAUUAUCUAUAUUUAUAGGCUUUAUUGUUAGACUUUAAUAGACCCACAUUAAUUUCCUUGCUAAUGUCACGAAGUUGACUUGUAGACUCUGCUAUACAGCUAAAAUGAUUUUCAUGAUGAUAUGUGAACAGGUUGUUCAAAAUUCCACUUCAUCUGGGAACUGGACCAGUAUUAAGCUACAGUGGAGGGCACCAAAUAGUACAAAGGCUGGCAACAUUACUUUCAGGUUAGUCUCCACAUUAAUGGAUAAAACUGGACAAAACCUUGGCAUAAUAUGUUACAGUAAUAUUGUCGUACAAUGUGAAAAAGGUAAAGGUAAAGGCCCUUUUUUGUGUCAGUAACUUGUAAUAGCGUUUAAACUCACUGAUAAACCCGAGCCGAUGGUGCGCUCAUUUUCACCCAGCCUAUAACUGAAUUUGUUUAACUUGGUUUUUGGUAACAUUUUGCAGGGCAAGUGCUUUGCAACAGACAGACCCACUUUGGUAUUUUGAGGGUUUCACUGCUCACCUAACAUGUAAGUAAGAAAAAUCCCUUGCUAUUUCCAUAAUUGCUACUUUAGAUUCCUUUAUUAGAAUGCUGGUUAGAAAAUGUUAUGCAAGAAGACAAUUGCUUAUGUACAUUCAGUCACAACUUUACAAACACCUGAUUAUAUGGAAACCUCAUUAUUAUGCACAGUUUGCCUUGUCCCUGGGGAAAGAAAGCUGUUACAUUUUCUCAACAUUCAACCCGCUUUAUUCGGACAUCCCACUAAUACAGACACUUUCUCAACCUAGAUCCCCAAGUUCUCUCCUACCCAUCCCCAUGGCCAUGGAGCGAGAGAGCUAAGCGAGAGAGAACUUGGUUGGGUCUGGACACAUAGCUCCAGAAAAAAAAUAAUUCUGAGGGAGGAGUGACCUUUGUCUAUUAAUUAUUUGUCUGGUUUGUUUUCACCUUUCAUGCUAUGAUUGCAAGAGCAAGAUGGAUUUGCUAACCCUACAACUGUAACUGAAACUUGGGAAAUUUCUGCCUUAGAAACAGAACUAUCACUAGACAACCAAACAAAUUACCAGAGAAGGAAUCCAAAACUAUCAUUGUCACAGUUUAGCCAAUGACACCAAUUGCUAAAAUCUGCGAUCUUGAGUUCUACAUGAGCAUGUUAAUUCAUUUGAAGGAAAAAUCCCUGCAUUGAAAGUAUCAAUUUUUAAUCGGAGGGGGCGGGGGUACUUCCUAGUAACAGUAGUAAAAGGCUAAUGGAGAUGUGCCACUGAAUGGGGUUGCAUUUUCAGGGCUGGGUUGACUGUAACAGGGUUACAUUUUCAUUAGAGUUAUACUCAGAAUGGGAUCACACAUUUUCGGGAUUGGGGAAUCAUAAAAUUCAGGUAGGUACAGAUUUAUAAAUGGGAAGAAUUUUACUUCUUUAAGUAAACAUGUGUCAAUUCAUUUCAAGAUGACCUAGUUAAAAGGCUUUAUAAGAUAGAGGCAUAAACAGAAAGUUACUAAGUUGGGAUCGCGAAAAUUACAUUUUUCCAAAAUUGACAUGGAUGGGGUCUAUAUUUGGCCACAGAAUAGACUAUAACAGGGUAGGGGGUUGUGAGAGGCCAGUGGCACAUACCAAGCAAAAAUUAACCCUAGUAACCCCCCUGGGUCCUGGAGUGAGUGGUUAAUGUACAGUAAAAAGUGCUCCUGCUGGCAGUUUUGAACAACCAAAGCCAGAAAUUUUAUUAGGUAGCUGUCUUUUGAAUUCAAUGUGUUUAUGGAUCGAGUUAAAUUUUGUCAUAUAUUUCUUUAAUUUAUUGUUUCUCCAUGGCAGAUGAUUGUCCUUUACUACGCUGUGCAUUUCCAUGUCCCCAGGGCAGCUAUUAUAUGCGUGACAGUUAUGGAUGCCAAACUUGUCAGUGUGGAGGUAUUUGCAGCCAGACCUAUCUCCCCGUUUUCCACAAUGUUUUCAUUUAGUUUUGUUUUUACAUGCAGUUCUCCUUUAAAUAAUUAUUAGUUACUACAAGGUACUACAGGAUAUUGGCCAAUUCCAUUCUCCUCAGAUGAAGCCUUACAAAUCGGCAGUUCAAUGAGAAUAUUAUUAUUUCUAAUGCUUGGAAACUGAAGAAAAAAAUUAUCCAAACCAUUUUCCAAAAAAAAAGAAUUUUUUAUGAAAAAUCUGACCAAUUUCCAUAGAAUGGACACUGGUGUGGAUCCGCACCUGCCUAGAAACUGUUCAGACUUUCUGACAAUAACCUUUUGUGGGUUAACAGGUCCGUGUGCUAACAUGACUUGUCCAUUCUAUGGAUACUGUGUUGCCAACCAGACCACAGCACAAUGUACAUGCGACAUUGUAUGCAUUGAAAUAUAUGCUCCAGUAUGUGGAACAGAUGGAAAGACAUAUGGCAAUGACUGUCAUAUGAGACGUCAAGCUUGUAUUGAUCAGAAAAACAUUAUCGUAUGUUACAAGGGGGAAUGCAGUAAGUCAAAUGAUUCACAAUUGAACUUUAUUUUUGCUAGUAAGAUUAAGACUCAAUGUCAUAUACAGUUAACAAUACUUCCCAGUUUGUGAUCUGUCUUUGGCAUGUCAUUUUUAUCUCUGAAUAACAGAGAGAAGUGUGACGUCACGUUACCUUAGUAGCAAAUUUCUGGAUCACAACAAUAGGGAGUUUAAGCAACGACGAAGGGGACAGCAACGAGAACAGUUAAAAUACAAUAAGAUUUUUUAGCAAAACAAUAACUUUGCUUGUGCAUCACGCUUUUUUGUACAUUUCUUAGCCGUCAUUGCACAACUGCGACAUGAAACUUCCUAAUUUCACGCCCAUGCUUUUUGGAGCAGGUAAACACAUUACACGGAAAUUUUCUUCUUCUUUUUCUAACUUCUUCAAUGCGGUCCUUUCAGAUUCAACCCCAGAAUAUUUCGCCAACAUUUGACAAAUUAAAUGAAAUUGAAUAAGUUUGAUUAAGUUUGAAACAGUGCAAAUUCACUUUCUAAGUGAAUUUUUGGUUUGUUGUCAUCCAGAAAUUUUGCUACUAUGGGAAUGUGACGUAAAGACUUCUUCUCCCUAUUGUUAUGUCUAGAUCAGUGUCCAGUGUUUAAGUGUAAACCCUGUCCCAGUGGAAACUAUUUGCAUGACAAAAAAGGGUGCCAAACUUGUCAGUGUGGAGGUAAAAAUCUUCUUCUGCCAUAACUUAGCGUUAUACAUUACACCACCUUCAUGUGAAUUUGGGUCCUCCGUGUCUUUCUGAGCUCCUCUUUUUCUCUCACCUGUGAAAAGCAUGAUCACUAAACACCUCAUAAGCUAUAACUAAUGAUGACAAAUGACUGCAUGCCACUACUUGUUCCAUUAUGAUAUAUGUAGAUUAGUGGGCAAGUGUUGUAUUAUUUUUGUUGAUGGAGCAGCAUUAAGGUUGGGAACAAGUUGAAUGGAAAUUGAUUUUCCCUCGCGGCUUUGCUGCUAACAAAAAUCCCUUGUGGCUUUGCAGCUUGAAAGAAACCAAGAAAGUACUAGGAAUAACAAUCCUUCCAGCUACAUAGGCUACCAUUCCAUUCCCAGACUUGACAGAGUUUCUUAAAUGAUGAAGAGUAUAAUCCACAGCAUAUAUUAAACUGCAUCUUGAUAACUUGCAUUAAAUACCAGGCAUGUCUUCUUUAUUUUCUUUCUCAGGUGCUGCAGGGAAUUUAGGAUCCUCUUUCCUGCUCUUCUCUCUGGCGUUGGUUUUCUUAAUGGCAUUCCUGUGAUCAGCUGAAGAAAGGCUGCUUUUGUAAAAACAUUUUUUAUUCAAGACGUACAUGUCGAAAAGCCAUAAACCUGAUUUAGAGUAGGGUAGUUAGGUACCAAUAACAAUCAGCCAAUCUAAGGGAACGCCCACCUCAAUUUUCAUCGAAACUGAGACUGCUAGCCAGCUCACUGCAGGGAACCACAGGCCAGGCUGACAUAUUUUAAUAUUUGUGGGUUGUCCCGAUGGCACAGGCAAGCAACAUCUGCUCAGGUAUAAAAGUAAAUGUUGUCAAAAAGGGGUUUGAUUGGCCUGCACAACUGCUUCAGGCUUUUAAACUUCAGCAGCAACCUGUCCAGCUAGAGGGUGAGUGGUUUUGUUAAAUUUUCAUCUCACCCAAUGGAGGUGUUGAUCCACCUCUGCGAAGAAUACACACCAAUAAAAAAAAAGGAAAAGAGAAAGUUUCCAACACGAAAUGUAAGAGAUAAGGCUCGCUUCUUGUUGUAACUACCAUAUCCUGGGUUCAAUUUAAUAAAAAUUUUACACCAACUUGUAUUUUACAAGUGUAGCAAUUGUUUAAGAGUCUGAAAACAAUAGCUACACUUGGAAAUUACAUUUGUAAAAGUUUUAUUAAAUUGACCCCUGGUAUCAGUCAAGGAGGUACAGGAGGCAGCAUGGCUAAAAUUAAUGAUCAGCUUGUCGGUCUCUCAAUACGGAGGUCACAACACAAGUUCAAGACCAGUGCUCAGACGAUUUGAAGUAACUUGCUACUGUAGUUUGUUUCCUUUUAAGUCCUAAGUUCAACUCUGGCCAUGCUUAUAAAUAGCCAACUGGUUUACCUCUAGCCUGUCCAAAGACUUUUUUCUUUUUUUCGACAUUUCUUGUGGUUAAUAAAUACUCCGCGGAUUGUAUUUCCAUAUGCGCGCUCGACGAUCUCUAGCGAGAAAAUAGGGGAUCUGUGAAAAGGUUACUUUACCUCUUGCCAUUUUCAAUAGGUUUUGUUUGUCAUUAUUUUAGUGAGGUUCCCAUAAACUAGCCUGAACCCACUAUAAACAAAGUUUUUGCAUUUAUCAAGAAGUAAUCACUUCGAACGUUUAUUAUUAUUAUUAUAUCUUUCAACUUUAUUAUUCGCUUAUUUAUUCUUGACUGUUGAUUGAUAAGGCAAGUGCAAGGCAAGUGCCUUUCUGUAGAAUUUCUAGGUUACCAUGUAGUUUUGUACCUACCCACAUAUACCAGUAAGGGGCAAAAAAUGCCGAAAAUAUUUAUCUGAUAAUAAUGACAGUCAUUAAUGGGCAAUUACAGAAUAUAAUGUUUUGCAACGUACAAUAUUAUCAAGAAAUUGAAAGGAUUCUUAAAAUAUUAGCUUGGUGAAAUAGACUAACACGAGAAAUGUCUCUGAUUGAUUUAGUAUAGAGUCGAUUCAGAUGAGAUUGACAUGGUAACUAACGACAGAAUUUGACGAACUGAACUGGCUAGUUUUUUCAAGUUUGAGAAACCGUGAGUGGCAUCUUUCUUUUGAAGUGAACUAGAAUCACAUCAAGCUAAGAGUUACUAGUCGAUAAAGGACAGAGACCUUUUUAUCGUUGUCAAAGCGACGGUUAAUGCCUAUACUCUCAAUAAAGUUUCACUAUGUAUGCUAA